CAGUGUACUGGUUCGUGUGUGAAAGACAUUUUACCUACGACAUCCAGUUUUCGGAUCUAACUCACUCACCAUCAGACCAUAUGACGGCUUGGGUUUUUUUUUAAAUUAAAUUAGAAAUUUAUUUUGUAGUUAAUAAUGAAACUAUUGAAUUACGGCGGAGUUGUUGCUAUAUUUUUAAGUUUAUUCGGUACGGCAGUAUGUGAGAUACAACUCGGGAGACGCCAUGCGGUCCCUGUUAUAUACGUAAGAGGCUCCCAUUAUGAAGUCGGCUUCGAUGUGGGUCGCACAUUCUCCUCCGUCAUCAAGAGCUUCAUAUCAAAUUACGCUAAUCUACGUGACUUUGAACGGGAAUACAAAACUGAUACCGGCCGGGAUGCGUAUGAUAAGACCCUGGCUAACAUGGAGAAGCGAUUCCCUUACUACGUUAAGGAGAUCAGGGGUGUUGCUGAUGGAGCUAACGUUCCUUUCUAUCAGCUAUUCCUCCUGCAAAUGGAUGACUUGAUUGGAACCAUCAACGACAACCACGUCCCACGGAACGACACCGGAGGCUGCAGCUCUGUCGCCUUCAAGAACCCACAGCAUACUAUACUUGGACACACAGAGGAUGCAUUUACCGAAACCCUAAAUCACUUCUACAUUAUGUCGGCGCACAUCAUUCCAACUCCCGAAGACAGGGAGCACGGGGCAGUAGAGGAACGCUUCUCGUCUUUAUGCUACGCUGGUCACAUGCCCGGGUACACCAUGGGCUACAAUGAAAACGGAAUGGUGUUUUCCAUUAACACGCUCAGCCCACUUCUGCUAAAGCCUGGAAACACUCCUCGCACAUUUAUAACCAGAAAGCUUCUGUCCGCCAAAAGUUUCCCGGAUGCAGAACGGAUCCUCCGUGACGAAGGCCUAGGAAUCGGCAACGGUUUUUCGGUAAAUAUGAUUUGGACAGACACCUGGGGGGAUACCAAGCUUUACAACGUGGAAGUCGCCCCCGACCUCAAGGGAGACCGCUCGCUCGUCCACGUUCAGAAAUACGACCAGGAUACACUAGUACACUGUAAUAUUUACAACCGCAUUAACGUGAUUGAAGUGAUUGGCGAAAUAGUUGGCAGUAGCAAGUCCCGACUGAAGGCGAUACACGCUCAUGCUGCCCCCAAGACCAGAGGUGAUAUAGCUGAGAUACUCUCUGAUGUCACCGGCAAAGACUUCCAAGUGUUCUCGAUGCAGAAGGACGCUAUUAUCAAGACCAUCGCUGCUGGUAUAUUCGACGUAGAAAAAAGAACUUGGAGUAUUUAUAUCGACAAACCCAGCAUUUCGGAGCCCGUUGCAGUGCUGCCCAUCAGAUUCUCCGAGCUCGAGUCUAAUAAAUAAUUAAAGAUUUAAAUAUAUUUUAAUCGGGGUUUUUUUUUAAAUACAUAUUUAGUUUAUUUUCUAUCUAGUAAGAUUAUAGCUAAAAAUCAGAUAGAUAAACUUUAACUUCACAUAAACGGUUAAGGUUUACUCUGCUAUAGUAAUUCUUAUAGGUGAAAGGUUAGUUUUUUGAAAAAGACUUCCCAUGUAUUGCAGAGCAUUGCAUAUAUAAAAGUAGUAACACAAAGUAAGCGUCAAAAUUUAUAAUACAUAUCUAUGUUUUCUUACAAGGAUUUUGUAUUAUUUUUGUUGAUGCUUGUAAACUUAUGACAUUAACUACAUAUAUUAUAUACCUACUCAAUAAGUUAAUAAAUGCAAUUUCACGCAAGCGGUGUUGUUCCUUAUGUGAAAUGAAACUAAUGUAAUUUUUGCCAAACGCAAUAGCUCGGGGAUAAAAUACAUUAAAUUGUAAUAAAAUAUCCAA